AUGAUCAGGAAUAUUUUACGCAGAAGCGCUGCCAGAGUCAGGAUACCGGUGACUAGUGCAACUUGUGCUAGUCGACUAGUGAUGUCAAUAAGAUUAGCGACCAGUACAAGGUACUAUAGUAAUGGUAACGAAGGUGGCCCUGCAAUGACGAAUGGUGUACAGAUUCCCAAGGAAGUGCUAGAGUUGCCUUUACAGCAGUACCACCAGCAUUCUGAGUCAUUCCUGGAAGGGCUGUUUGAUAACCUGGAGGAACUGAGCGAGAAUUACCCUCAACAUAUUCCCGAAGUGGAAUACAGUCACGGUGUUAUGAGCCUUACAGUAGCCGGUGUGGGCACGUAUGUGAUAAACAAACAGCCACCAAAUAAACAGAUAUGGCUCUCUUCACCAAACUCCGGCCCAAACAGAUUUGAUCUGUAUAAGGGAGAAUGGAUAUCCCUACGUAAUAACGAGACUUUGCUUUCAGUACUAGACAAAGAGCUACAUGACGCACUUCCUAAUGAUGCUGAGUUCAAAGUGGAAUCAGAUCAGUGA